UGGUGAUGAAAAGCCCAUGAGAACAGAGAGCAAAAAAAAUGGUUCAAUCCGGGGUUAGCUGUGGAACUGGGAACCCUAAAUUGAAGGGCGGGAAUAAGGAAAGGCCCGUUUGAAAAGCGAAGGAAAAGGAAAAGACGGAAGAGAGACGGAGAGGAAUAAAGGUGUUCCACAGUCAAAAUCUGAACGAGUUUCCGCCAGUUUUUUUUUCCAUACGACCCUCCUCCCUCCUCUUUUCCUCCUCCCCACAUCACAUGGUCUCGGGUAAAUACUGAGCUUCUCUGAAUUCUCGGCCUUGCGACUUGUUUACUUCCCAGAGAGUAACUUUCUGUUAUUGGGAUUGCUGCAGCUAGCCUUAGAUACUCGUUGGCAUUUUAGAUUUUGUCGUUGGAUAAUCAGAUGGAACGCCGCAGUUGGCUGUGGAGGAAAAAGUCAUCUGAAAGAAAUUCUGGAGAUACUGAGAGCUCAGGUUCUUUAUCUUCCCACUCCGAGCGAUGCUCGGAUGAACAGGAAGUCUCAAGAGCUUCUCCAAAUGAUGCCCAAUUGCAGAUGGAAUCAGCAAAUAUGGUUGUUGAUGCAGCAGAUGAGACAGUGAAGAGUCUAACUGAGAAGUUAUCGGCUGCUUUGCUGAAUGCCAGUGCAAAGGAGGAUUUAGUGAAGCAGCAUGCCAGGGUUGCUGAAGAAGCCGUUUCAGGUUGGGAAAGGGCUGAAACUGAAGCCAUUAUUUUGAAGCAGCAUCUUGAAGCUGUGACACAGCAAAACUCAGUUCUGGAAGACCGUGUUGGUCACCUUGAUGAUGCACUUAAGGAGUGUGUUAGGCAGUUGCGCCAGGCAAGGGAGGACCAAGAACAAAAGAUCUAUGAAGCUCUUGUUGAGAGAACUGAAGUAUGGGACUCCAUCAAGUUUGAGCUUGAGAACCGGAUUCUUGAACUUGAGACUCAGCUCAAGGCUUCAAAAGGUGAUUCUCCUAGUAUGAAAGCAAAGCUUGUCUCAGCUGAGCAGGAAAAUGCAGCCUUGAAGCGUCAGCUCAUUAUGUGUACAGAGGAGCUGGAAGUUAGAAGCAUUGAGAGGGAUCUCAGUACGCAAUCUGCAGAAAUUGCAAGUAAGCAGCACCUUGACAGUAUAAAGAAAGUAGCUAGGCUUGAGGCUGAAUGCCGAAAGUUGCGAGCUUUGUCUAGGAAGGCAUCAGCUAGUUGGCAGACGCCUCCAGCAGCAAUUCAGGAGGCUGACCAUAGAUCUGUAACCUCAUUGGUCUUUGUCGAUUCUUUGGCUGAUAGUCAGUCUGAUCAUGGAGACCGUUUAUUAGCCAUUGAAAAUGACUUGCAGGACUUCCAUGGUUCUUCUGGUAAGCCUAGUAGCUUGGAGUUGAACGAGAAAGAACUGAGCUGCUCGGACUCAUGGGCAUCUGCUUUAAUUGCUGAACUAGACCAAUUCAAAAAUGAGAAAGUCGGCACUAAGAACUUUACUGUUACUGCAUCCAAAAACCUUUAUCUGAUGGAUGAUUUCCUUGAGAUGGAAAAGUUAGCAGCUUCUGAAAAUGGUGGUUUACAAAAUGAUCUGAGACAAGAAGUUGGUGAUGGUGGAAAUGAAAUGCUUGCCCAAGAAAAUGGUGCCUCAUGUCUGAAGGAGGAACUCGAAGCUUUGCAGCACCGAGUGUCAGACUUAGAGGAGCAAGUUGAGAAUCUAACAGCAGAGAAGGUGGGAUUGGAGACUUCUUUAGCUGAAUGCCAAGGGCGUCUGGAAGUGAAAAGUAGGAGGCUUAUGGAAGUUGAGCAAACUUUACUUGAAAUACAGCAGCAAUUGGCAUCAGCAAAGGAUGCAAAUAGAAGAUUUGAGGUGGACUUUGAGGCCAUCUGUGUCCAGAAAGAAACAGUUGAAAUGGAGCUUAAAACAGCCAAUGCGAGUAUAAAUGCACUGAAAACCAAUGUAGACAUGUUGCAGGCUAAGAUUGAAGAAGAAAGAACCUCCUCAGCCAAUGUUCAGGUGAAGUGUCAAGAAUUGGAGGAAAUGUUGGCUAAACGGGAUCUUCAUUAUCAGGAGGCUGAGCGGUUGAAAGCAGCAAAUGCCAACUAUGAGAUUAAGAUGAGACAGGAGAAGGAAUUGGCAGUUGCAGCUGGGAAGCUCGCAGAGUGUCAGAACACCAUUGCAUCACUUGGUAGGCAGUUGAAGGCUCUGGCAAAUUUCGAUCAGUUGAUGCUUGAAACCAAUAUGGUUGACCCCAACCAAAUAGGGUCACCAACCACAGUGAGUACUGCUUUAUCUGAGUACUCCACUAAUGUUCAUGUAGUAGAGCCAACAGCUAGCAACAGAGACGGUGAAUCUCCAUCAUCAACAUCUUCCUCAUCAUCGUCAUCUUUAGUGAAUGCAGAGAAAACUAAGAACGGCUUUGGGAGAUUUUUUCCACGAAACUUGGGCAGCAUCCAGAUUGAAAGUGGUAACAAGUAGUAGUUGUAUUCUAUCAGAUGAUUAUGCAAAAUAUCAGGAAAAUGUAAAAUGCAAAGUCUCUUUGCUGACGUCUGCCCUCUCCAUUGCAUGUUGCUUGUCAAUGAUUGCUUUAUAUGAGGAAUACAGAGCUGUUCAGGAAGCAUUGGUAAGUGCUGGCGAUCAUAGCAUGUCCUACUUUUCUUCACUUAACCACAAGGGAUUGCUAAUUAACACACUAAUUCUGGAAAAGGGAAUGCCUAGAUGGACGUGCAUAAUUGAGACUCUUAGAGAACAUCCUCCUUUUCUUUGCUACUUGUUAUCUAAAUUACAUUCAUGGGGGCACAUGAGUAAAACAUAUGUUGUCUACCCCACCAUCUCUUGUGGCAUUUGUAGCUUCCUUGUGUCUGAAGUAUAGUUUUACUAUAUCCUCUUCUGACGUCCACACUACUCACAAAUGCGGGAUGUUCCAACAGUGUUGCUGCAUGGCAGUUCAAAGUGAUCUACAGGAUAUGAUCAUCGAUGCUGCUUGCUAUUUAACUCUCUUAUAGGUAUUUUAUUUGCCAAAGUGUUGAUUAAAUCAUGUCAACAUUAUUGUUCGUUCUAAUUUUGUGCGACUGUGUAAAGUUGUCUGGGGAUGAAAUUAAAUUUUCAGGUACUAGACUCUUAUUGACCUUCUACUCA